GUGGACUUCGCAAGCGCUGCCGGGAGAUCCACAUUUGCAAAACCCUUAAUUUUUCUGUGUAUUCUAUAUCAUCUCAGGCACUUCCCCCUGCUCUUCCCUUAGUACGGCUAUCUCCUUUGUGGGGAUGCCGAGAUACUUUCCUAGGGUUUCCUGAUCUGGCAGUUGGCACUCGUUGAAUUCCUUUUGUCAGAAGGUUAAAUUAUACCAUUCCAGGCAUGAUCACUGAUUUCCACUCUCAAACAAUUGUUUUUUAUUGUAAUCCUAUAUUCAUUUCGGCAAGAGCUUAGCCUCUGAUCGGGAGGUCUUGGUAUCUUUGUUUUGCUUUCAAUGGCGGAUAGAGAGGAGGAGGAGCUGCAGAUGGCUUUGCGCAUGAGCCUUCAAGGGUCUCCUCCAGAGGCUAAAAGAAGCAAGCCUCGGGAAAGUGCGGAAGAAUCAGUGGAGGCUAAGAAUCGCCGAUUGCAGAGGGAACUUCUUGCUUCGGCUGCCGAGAAGAGAAUGAAAGCCGCGGAAAACAAGCGCGUCGUACCGACGCGUCCGGUGAGCGCGAUUGGAGAGGCCGCGGAGAAGGGCUUAGUCGCCUCCGCACGUUCAUCGGUCUCUAGGGAAGAGGUGGCUUCGGGGUUACCGGAUGGAAGGAUCGAAGGGAGUGGGCGUGCGGAGUUGGAUACUAGGGUGGAGCUUUCACCGGUCGAGACUGACGGGCUCUUUUCCAUGGUGUUUGGAAUUGGCGUGUCAAAGAAUAUACUUGCCCAGUGGUGUAAUCAAGGAAUUAGGUUUAGCUCAGAUCCAGAGACCUGUAUAGGUCUGGUACAGCAUGAGGGAGGUCCCUGUGGCGUCCUGGCUACAAUACAGGCCUUUGUCCUCAAAUAUCUUUUGUUCUUCCCAGAUGAUUUGAAUAAAUUUCAAGACGAUAGUCCUUUGCAAAGUUUAGAUUUAACGAAAUUUUGUCAAAGCUCAAGCUCUCCACUAAAUGAUUUUACAUCCAUUACAGAAGAUCGGAAGGCAAGAUCUUUGGUUCUUGGUAUGCUUGAAAUACUAUUUUUAUGUGGAAAUAUGAAAAGGGCUGUGGUUGCAACUCUUAGUUUUUCUAGUCGUCAAUCAGGUGAAGGAUCUGAAGAUGGUCAGAAUAAUGAGACGAUGAAUUCAUACUUGGAAGGCCUUUCAAUUGAAUCAGCUUCAGAUUUGCAGAAAGUUUUAAGAAUUAAAACAUACACUGCGCAUAACGUUGCUUUUCAGGAUAUUAUGUCAGAGCUCCCUAUAUUUCAGAGCCGCAUGGGGGCCUUGUUAUUCCUGAUAUCUGCUCUGCUCUCUCGAGGAUUGGAAUCUAUUCAAGCAGAUCGGGAUGAUCCUUCCCUACCUCUAGUCACAGCACCAUUUGGACAUGCUUCACAGGAAAUCGUGAAUCUGCUGCUUUGUGGGCAGGCUGUUCCAAAUGUGUUUGAUGGUAGGAUGGAUCUUGGUGGCGGCAUGUUCCUUAUGGGCAUAUCCACAAGCGUGGAAGUUGGAUUCCUCACCCUACUCGAAUCCCUCAAUUUUUGCAAGGUCGGACGGCACCUUAAAUGCCCGAGGUGGCCUAUAUGGGUGGUCGGAAGCGAGUCCCACUACACUGUUCUCUUCGCUUUAGAUCCGUCGGUGCAAGAUGAAAAUGAGCUCGAAGAACGAGAAAGCAGAAUUCAUCGAAUAUUCGAUGCUCAAGACCAGAGUGGUGGAGGGGGUUUCAUCAGCAUUGAAGGAUUUCAACAAGUCCUUCGAGAAUGCAAUAUCAACUUCCCACCAGCGAAACUCGAAAGUCUCUGCUUCUCAGGCUUCAUUGUUUGGAGUGAAUUUUUGCAGGAGUUGUUGGAGCUUGAUAGGAGUCUUGGGGGCUUAAAAGAUUCUAGUGGAUCGAUGGGCAAGAAAUUGUUUGAUUUAUAUCAUUUUAAUGGAAUUGCGAAGUCCGUGCUGAACGGUAAUGUUGGUAUGGUAGGUGAGAGCCCUCUGCAGAGGCCAAGGCUUUGUAAAUUAAGUGUUUCAGUGCCGCCAAGAUGGACCCAGGAGGAGUUUCUUUCGGAUAGAUGUGAUGAUCGAAAAAAUGAAGUGGGUCAGGCGGCUGAGUUGACUCAGCACGCUCCGUUGGUGGACUGCAUUAGGACCCGUUGGCCGAGAGCUGUUUGUAGCUGGAUUGGUGAUGCUCCUAGCAUAGUCUGAUGAGAUGCCUUGGUUGAUCAAAUAUGUUCUUGCAUUAUUAUUAUUAUUUUUCUCUGUUUUUACUGAAUUUAACAGAGUAUUGUGGAGGGAGAACAUAUACACUUGUUCAAUGUGUUACAGUAUCAAGUUGUAACACAUUUUUUCAUUUUUUUCUUUUCAGUUUGAACUGUGUGAUUUGUGUAAUGUGUUUUAUUAUUCAGAUUAUUAUUUUUACAA